GCGGUGCUGUUGUCACUUGGGGGGACGACUCCUGUGGCGGUGACAGCACUGAGGUCCAGGAGCAGUUGAAGGAUGUCCUGACCAUCCGCAGUACUUCCUUUGCUUUCGCCGCACUUCGAAGAGACGGCAAAGUUAUCACCUGGGGAUGCCCCUCUGCAGGCGGCGACAGCAGCGCUCUUCUGCAGGAGCUAGAAGAUGUGAAUAGAUACCUUCCUCCCCCGAGCACAAAGAGAUGCUCGAAGCGCCGCAAGCGGAGUUGUGAGCGAGAGCCA